AUGGCUCCCAAGAUUGCCAUUGUUUACUAUUCCAUGUAUGGCCACAUCAAGCAAUUGGCCGAUGCUGAGUUGAAGGGUAUCCAGGAGGCUGGCGGUGAAGCCAAGCUCUUCCAAGUCAAGGAGACCCUCCCUGAGGAAGUGCUCGCUAAGAUGCACGCGCCCGCCAAGGCCGCCGAUGUCCCUGUCGUCGAAGACCCUUCCAUCCUUGAGGAGUUCGAUGGUAUCCUCUUCGGUAUCCCUACUAGGUAUGGGAACUUUCCUGCCCAGUUCAAAACUUUUUGGGAUAUGACAGGCAAACAAUGGCAACAGGGUGCUUUCUGGGGCAAAUACGCUGGUCUUUUCGUCUCAACUGGUACCCUCGGUGGUGGACAGGAGAGCACCUGCAUUGCUGCCAUGAGCACGCUCGUGCACCACGGAUUCAUCUACGUGCCUCUAGGCUACAAGACCGCUUUCGCCCAACUCGCAAACCUCGACGAGGUCCACGGUGGCUCCCCCUGGGGCGCCGGUACCUUCUCCGCCGGCGACGGCUCGCGCCAGCCCACUCCCCUCGAGCUCAGCAUUGCUACCGCUCAGGGCAAGGCCUUCUACGAGGCCGUAGCCAAGGCUCACCAGUGA